AUGGUUAGAAGGUAUGGUCUGGGGGAAAAUCCAACAGAGGAGACUGACAAGGAGCAGUUAAAGAGGAUGAAUAUCAGCACAAUCCCCAAGGCCGAAUUAAUUUUUGGAGGAAAAUAUAAACUGGUGAGGAAGAUCGGAAAUGGCUCCUUCGGGGACAUCUUCCUGGCAAUCAACAUCACCAAUGGCGAGGAAGUGGCUGUGAAGCUUGAAUCCCAGUCAUCCAAGCAUCCCCAACUGUUUUUCGAAGUCAAACUGUAUAAGAUUCUUCAAGGGGGGGUUGGCAUUGCUCACAUGCGAUGGUAUGGUCGGGAAAAGGGUCACAAUGUACUGGUCAUGGACUUACUCGGACCCAGUCUGGAAGAAUUGUUCAAUGUAUGUUCCCGCAAGUUCACACUGAAAACCGUGCUCAUGUUAGCUGACCAGAUGAUAAGUAGAGUCCAAUACUUGCAUACAAAGAACUUUAUACAUAGAGAUAUUAAACCAGAUAACUUCCUAAUUGGCACUGGUCGUCACUGUAACAAGUUAUUCAUUAUUGACUUUGGUUUGGCCAAAAAGUACCGAGACAGCAAAACAAAGGAACACAUACCAUACCGAAAAGAUAAAAACCUCACUGGCACUGCCCGUUAUGCCAGCAUCAAUGCCCACCUUGGCAUUGAGCAGAGUCGAGGGGAUGAUAUGGAAUCUCUAGGCUACGUAUUGAUGUAUUUUAACAGGACCAGCCUGCCCUGGCAAGGACUAAAAGCUGCAACAAGGAAACAAAAGUAUGAAAAAAUUGUUGAAAAGAAGAUGUCAACUUCUGUGGAUACUUUAUGUAAGGGAUAUCCUCAUGAAUUUGCAACAUAUUUAACCUAUUGUAAGGGUCUCCACUUUGAGGAAGCCCCAGAUUAUUUGUAUCUAAGGCAGUUAUUCCGAUCUCUUUUCAAGUCUUUGAACUAUCAAUAUGACUAUUUAUUUGACUGGACAGUACUGAAGGAGAAAGACGCCGCCCAGGAAACAGCUUCUUCUAGUCAGAAUCAGCCACCACAAACCUCAACAUUUGACUAA